AUGCUUCCUGCCAGUUAUAAUGGAUGCCGUCUGCUCGGAGGCCGCCAUGGACCUCUCAGUUCGCACACAAAUGUUUGAAGCUCAUAUACAGAAUUACAGUGGCAGUGAUCCACUUGAUCCCUGGUACAGGUAUUUUCAGUGGAUAGAAGGAAUGUCAGAAGCAGAAGGAAAGCAAAAUUGCCUGUCAUCUUUAUUGGAGCAGCUUGUGAAAACAUUUCUAAGUGAUAAGAGAUAUCAAGACGACAUGAGAUUCAUCAACUGCUGUGUCAAAUUUGCUGACUUCAUUGAUAAUCCAAGUCAUUUUUUCGAUUAUAUGUACAGCCAAGGAGUUGGUAACAAAUCAUCAAUUCUGUACAUUGCUUGGGCACAACAACUUGGUAGACAAGGAAAUGUGCCUCAGGCAUGCAUUAUUAUUCAGAGAGGUAUCCAAAAUGAAGCCCAGCCAAUUGAGAAAUUACAUCAGCAGUAUCUGUUGUUACAGAACAGUUUGCCACAGAAUGAAAUUUCAACUCCAGUUGGUGUUUUGCAGCCACGUAAUCCUCAGCUGUCUAAUCAGUUGGCUUCUAAAAAGGAUUCAACCUGUCCCUACCAGAGUCAGAAUUCAAACAGUUCUGAAUUAUACCCUAUGACUUGCGGGGGACAAGGGAAUAUAGAAAAACCCAAGUACAUCACCACCAUUUCCAAGUCAGAAGUUGUACCAGUGCCAUCAAGUCAUGCUGCCCUUGAGCAGAAGGCAAUGUAUGUCAAGGCACUUCUUGAGUGUGAAGGUUCUGAACUGUGCUUUGAAGAAGUGAGAGCCAAAGCAUAUUUGAAGAAGGCAGAAUGCUUGAAAAGGCAAAAGGAAUUGGAGAAUGAAGACAAUGAGCUAAUGAAAAAGAAAGAAAGUGACCUUCUUGAGCUACAGAAACUGCAGCAGAAAUUGGACCAGCUCUCCCAAUCAUCUUCAUGCCAGAAAGAUGGGUUACAGCCAAUUGCUCACCAGUCCUUGCUAAGCUCGACAGGGGCACAUAAAUCCUUCAAAUCAGAAAGAGCAGCAUUCCAUGGAAAUGAGAGACGAUAACAGAAAUACGUCAGGCUUUUUCGAUCAACGUCAUAUGACUCUAAAUGCAUCAAGCAUAAUACAAGCAACCCCAUCUAAAGUGCAGCCUUCUCCUACUGUUCACACAAAAGAAGCCUUGGGGUUCAUCAUGGACAUGUUUCAAGUGACUUCUCUAAAAGAUACCACUAUACUUUCAGAAGAUGAGGAAGAAGAUGUUGAAGCUCUCUUCAGAAACAAAGAUCCAGUUGAAGCUGUCAGCAUUAAGCCUAGUGUUCCUGCUGCAUUAUCUGCUUUUACAAUUUUUGAAGAUGAGAAUAUGGAAGUCCUGCAGUCAGUCCCAAAGUCGACAUCUAUCAAAGUGUUUGGUGAACGUCCCAGAGACACUUUGACUGUUUCUAAACCAAGAGAUGAAAGCCAGCCAGCAGAGGGCCUGACAAGUGACUAUACGGUAUGGGCUAACCCAUGUAACCAAACUUUUGCUCCAUGUCUGAAAAGCCCAGGAGAUUUCAUUCAAGCUGCUCACCUUGCCUCCUCUACACCGUUCAAUACCAUUUCAGUGCCUUUAGCCCAAGAGAUGCAAGCUAGAGUCUUUGAGAACCCUUGGGAUGAGAGUUUAAUCUUCCAGCUUCUGUCCAGGGUGCCAAAACCAAUAAGUGCUUAUCCCAAUACUUUCCAGUGGGCAUCAAAUCUUCCAGUUGUCAGACCAAAAGCUAUUGUCACAUUAGCAUCCACAUCCUUCCACAUUGAUUGCUUACUUGGAGAAGGAGCUUUUGCACAGGUGUAUCAAGCUUCUGUCCUUGACAUGGAUAACUCUAAGAAUAAUCACAAAGUAAUACUGAAGAUACAGAAACCUGCAAGCCCCUGGGAAUUCUAUAUAGCAGCUCAGCUGACUGAAAGGCUGAAGCCUCAUAUGCAUCAUCUUUGCAUCCAAUUCCACGGUGCUCACUUCUUUCGAAAUGGAAGUGUUCUAAUAGGGGAGCUUUACAGUUACGGAACUUUAUUGAACACCAUAAAUAUAUACAAAAAACUAACAGAGAAGGUGAUGCCCCAAGCUCUGGUUAUUUAUUUCACCAUAAAAAUCCUGCACAUGGUAGAAGAGCUUCACAAGUGUGGAAUAAUUCAUGGUGACAUUAAACCUGACAACUUCAUAUUUGGCGAAAGGUUUUUGGACAAUGACACAUGUGAUAUUGAUGGCACAUCUCAUGGUCUGACGAUUAUUGACUUUGGUCAAAGCAUAGAUAUGACCCUGUUUCCUGAAGGAACCGCUUUCAACGGAAAGUGUGAGACAUCUGGGUUUCAAUGUAUUGAAAUGAUUACAGGCAAGCCGUGGAAUUACCAGACUGAUUAUUUUGGAAUUGCUGCAACAGUGUACUGCAUGUUAUUUGGCACAUAUAUGAAAGUAAAAAAUGAGCAAGGAAUCUGGAAACCUGAUGGUAUCUUUAGAAGGGUUCCCAAUGGAGAGGUCUGGGUUAAUUUCUUCAUCACUUUGCUGAACAUACAAGACUGCAACCACUUGCCUUCAUUGGGAGCUUUACGGGCAACGUUGAGAGACUUAUUUUUAAAAAGUUAUUCCAAUAAAGUAAUAGUUCUCCGUAACAGGCUUGCAGUGUUGCUUGUUGAAAACAAACGAUCACGGAAGUAAAGACUGGACUCUUGUGAAACAACGAAAAGAUUUUGAUAUUGUUUGAUCAAGUCUUCAUGAAGUUUCAUCUUGUUUCGUCAAGCGGCAGUUUAACUUUGGUUUGACUUGCAAAGAUUGGCACUGUACUUCUGAUGCUUAAAUGGUGCACGAUUAAUGGUGUUGGCUUCCAUUUUCUAACACUUCUCAAAAAUGUUAAUAUUGGAGAUGAACCCUCUUUUUGGAACUGGACAGCAGAAAAAUAGGGAAUAGGGAGUGGAGUUUGAGCAAAAAGUCAACAUGGAGAGACCCAAACCUUGAGAAUGAAAAUUGAGAUUGAUGGAGGAGUCAGCACUUGUGGAACUCACAUCCUAAUAUCUAAAUGCUCCAGUGUCUUUUUUCCUGUGAGUACUUUAUAAACAAUAAAAUGUGCUUUCAAAGGAAAAUUGUCUAGUCAAGUCCGUUCAUUUUAAUUUUUCAAAUAAGAGUUGAAUAAUAGUAAAUAAUACAAGGCAUCAAGUGUGAUAGAUAAAUGUAAUACUGUCAGCAUAUCUUGAGUUAAAAUUAUAAUUAUAUUGUAUUAAAACUAUUAUUUAGUCAUUAAGUACCAACCAUGGAUCAAGUUUCCUGUAUCUGAAGCUCUUCUACUAUGAUAAGUUUCCAACAAGACUAUGAUGGGAAUUGUAGUCUCCAGACAGUUUCUUACAUAAAUAUAUAAAAACAGAAACCAAAUUGUCUUAUAGUUACAAUCAUACCCUUUAUCCCAAUUCCUUAUUCCCAAGAGUAAAAGCUUUACUGCUGGUCUCUUUGUCAUUACUAUCUCAAAGAGAAAAACAACCCCAGCCAAG